UUAUAUCCUUAGGAAUAUGAAUACGGCCCCUAAAUAUACCUAGAAUUCAUUUGUGCUGUACAGUUUGAAGAUAGUCAUGGCAGAGGAAAUGAAGAAAUACCUACAUGAGAUUAUGUCUCAAAUUGAUGGAAUACAUGCAGUUUUGAUCACUGAUCGGGAUGGAGUUCCUGUAUUAAAAGCUGCAACAGAAAGUGCUCCAGAGCUUGCAUUGAGACCUGGCUUCUUAACAACUGUUGGAAUGGCAACAGAUCAAGCUGGAAAAUUGGGCAUGGGUAAAAGCCAAAGAAUAGCUUGCAUCUAUGGCAAAUAUCAGGUUAUCCACUUUAAUAGAUUUCCUCUUAUGGUGAGCAUGAUUGCCAGCAGUACUGCUAAUACUGGAAUGCUUUUGGGAUUAGAGGCAGAGUUGUCCAGUUUAGUACAAGACCUGAAAGCAGCUGUUGACGUAAUUUAAGAUGGAAAUUGUUUGGAAAAUGAUAUAGAUAAUCAUAUAUCAAGUUGCUUAGGUUUUUGCCUUUCAAUUACUAAGUCCACUGGAGACCUUUACUGUCAUCAUAUUUGUAUUUGUUUUAAUGUCAAGCUCUAGCAAAGGCUGAAAUUAUUAAGAGAAAUGGAUAUUGAUGGUAUAAGGAUCAUGUAAAAGCUAUUAACAAAACAAGGUUAAAUAAGAUUCUUUUGAAAUAAGUACAAUGAUUCUUGGAGAACUUAAAAUUGAACCUUUGUUUAAAGUUGUGCAAAUAAACUGAAGAUCAAAACUGUAUUUUUUUCCUA